CUACGUGCCGCUGCACCACAAUUCUAGUAGGGGCGCUCUCUUUUCUUUUUCUAGUAGAAACGCACUUGUUUUUUAUUUUUCCAACGCGGCGCACUGCAGUUGACAUGUUUGCUUAAAUGCCUGAGAGAAAUAUAUCGCUGGCGAGGGUGGAUUAGACAUGGCGAUUGCUUCUUGUAUUGAUGCAUUAAAAUUCCAUGGUUGUGGGAUAUUCGGAGCUCGUCUUCAUAGCUCCAAUAUCCUUCCUCUCAGCCCUGCAAGUGAGCAUAAGAAUGUUGUGAUGAGGCCUCUGGUGAUUGAAGCAAGAGCGAAUCAACGGACGGAGAGCCCCAAAAUUCGCAACAGAAGAACAAGAAAAAAAUUCAACGGGACAGCCGCGCGACCGAGGCUUUCGGUGUUCUGUUCGGAGAAGCAGCUGUAUGCCAUGUUGGUAGAUGAUCAGAAUAACAAGUGUUUGUUUUAUGGAAGCACUCUGCAGAAAACAACGCGAAAGGAUCCUUGUUGCUCCACUGCUGAGGCGGCGGAGGGCGUUGGGGAAGAGCUGAUCAAGGCUUGUGCAGAUCUCAACAUAACUGAGAUAUCCUCUUAUGAUCGGAAUGGAUUGAGUAGAGGACAACGGUUGCAAGCCUUUGAAAUUGCGAUUGCUCGACAUGGUUUCUUGAUGCGGUAGAGAUCUUCUUCAGGUUUCAUGCAACCUUGUGUUUGCACUCUACAACCUACCUUCAACAUGUGUGCCAUAAACUAUCAACUCUUUUAACUGUAAUGGUUUUGUAUUUUAAAAUCUCUUUCCGUAA